AGAUGCAAGAUAAGAUGUGGAAGUGGGACUGUUCUUGACCUAAGAAAAUCGGCUGGCAGCAGCCAGAAUUAAUCCUGCUGUCUUGGCAGGAAAGUUCCCAGAGUCUCAGCUGGACAGGUAAGGGAGAAGGGAUUUUACCAUAGGCAUCGAUUACUGAAAAUGCAGGCCAAAAUCAUGGACACACAGAAUUGACAGGGGGAGUAUGAGAAAAUGCCAAGAAGGGAAAAUCAAGGUGAGGAUUUCCAGCUACAGAUGGACAGGGUCAACUCUCCCCGGUGACCCUGCCUCAGAGAUGGGGGCUUCCUCCCAACCCAGCCCCAGGCCUAGAAAAGAGACCUGUCUGCACUGGGGUCUCAAGAUCCUUAUCCUCCUCUUGCAGGUACAGCUGUACUCAGGGCAGUUCACUGUAGUCAGCCCUGAUAAGCCCAUCUGGGCCAAUUUUGGAGAAGACACUGAACUUCACUGCUUCCUGGCCCCCAGGACGAACGCUGAGAACAUGGAGAUCAGGUGGUUCCGAUCCAAUGACUCCAGCCUGGUGCAUCUGUAUCGGGAAGGGAAGGAUCAGGAGGCUGAGCAGAUGCCGAAGUUCCGGGGGAGAACAACCCUGGUGAAAAACGCCAUUGUGGAUGGGAACAUAGUGCUGAGGAUACAUAAAGUGAGGGUCUCUGAUGCUGGGAACUACACGUGCCAGUUCCAGUCAGACAAGCAUUUGGAUGCAGCCACAUGUGAGCUGUAUGUGACCAGUGAAGGAUCAGCACCCAGUAUUCACAUUGAAGGGCUUGGGACGGAAGAGAGAAGACUUCUGUGCAGGUCAGCAGGAUGGUACCCAGAGCCCCGAGUUCAGUGGAAAGAUUCUGCCGAAGAGACUGUGUCAAAGAAAUCUGAACCAAUAAUGACUCAGGAUGCAGAUGGCCUCUAUCAAGUGGAAGCAGGUUUUAUACUCCGAAAAAACACCAAUAGGACAGUGACCUGUUCCAUCUUGAGCCCAGUACUGAGGCAGGAAAAAGAGACAAGUGUUCCCGUGGCAGGUGCUCAGAAAAUACCGCUGAUUGAUUAAUGGAUUAAUGGAAAAGUGAGGUGAAUAGCACUGGCCCUUCUCUGCUGAUCUCAUGGAAAUGCCUGGAUCCUUACAGGAAGAGGGAGGGAGGACUGCCCUACCCCAAUAUGGACAGUGGAUUUCAACACCAACUCAGCACCCUCUACAAAUAUGAGUCAGUGUGCUUGACUCUAAAUUAAUCAAUCAAUGGUAUUUUUUCAGCACUUACUAUGUGCAGAACACUGAACUAAGUGCUUGGGAGAAUACAACACAAUUAGCAGAUAUGUUCCCUGCCCAUAACACGCUUAUAGUCUAUAGGUGAGCUUAAAGUAUAGCCUAAUUUGUAUGCUGUUUUGUAAACAAACACAAUGCAAGGACUCCUGCCUCCAGGAGAGUUUAUAGAGGGGUCACAAACCUAUCAACAAAAGCUAUGUGGGAACUGGGGGGGACCCACAAGGGACAUGGAACAGAGGAAACUGCAUUUCAGUGCUAUGUCUCAUAUGACACUACUGUGUUAUCUGUAGGGGAACUAAACCCACAGUGAGUAAAUUCUCUUAUCAGCAAGGUAAUAAAUAACUUACCCAAUCAAAUCUGUAGGGAGUUACACUACUGGGAAUUCAUGAAAGUUGGAUCAGAAAGACGCUAUUGAAAAAUGCUGUUUUUGACCACCAAGACCGCCUUUUCUAUCUAAGGGAUAGAUUUUAAGAAAUAAAAAAUACAGAGUAGCUCUGAAAGAAGAACUUCUGUGGAAGUGCUACUUAGGGCUGGAGUAACACAGGAUAAUGGGACUUCAGCCCAGAUCCCCAGGAUUAGGGGGAGAAGCCCAGUGCCGCCUCCAAGAUUACACCCCUCUUAACCUUUGCAACAAGGCUGCUGCUUGCUUCAUUUUGAAAAUGGUGCCCAAAAAAGACCUCCCCAAAAUGUCCACUGCCCAUGCACAACACCACAAGGGACAGUAGCACUGGGGUUGGUCUGCAGUCGUUGUCUUCCAACCCCUCCCUCUGCUCUCUCUAUCACUGAUGAAGGGCCAAGGCCACUUCAAAUUUCUCCACCCUGUUGAGGAGAAGAUGGUAUAUAGAGGAGCCUGACCCACCCGCUGCCGCCGCCAAGAUUUCCAUCAGCUCCUGCUUCAGGCUGGGAUGGACUCUGUCAGCAGCAGCAGCAGCAGAGCGAGCCCUCCACUGUUCCCCUUACAGCCGACCUCCAGAGCUCAAACACAUGGGAAGGAGCCUGCCUUACCUUCCAGCAAUCAGGACUCCCAUUGGCUCCUGCUCCAGCCCGGGGAAGAACCUGACCGGAGGCAAUGUGAGGUGAUCUCAACUUCUAGAACGAUAAGGCCACAACCCUGGUGGCAAAUGAGACUUCUGUGACCAUUGACCUGUGCUGUGAGAAGCCUAAUACCCAGCUGCUCUUCUCAUGUUCACCAUCACUCUUGUCUUUUGUGUUUUUGUUUACUUUUUCUUAAAUGUCUCCCUGUGUUAUUCUUAGACCAUGCGUCCCUUGGGGGCCAGGGACCAGGUCUAUAGCCUAUCCACGAACUCUCUUCCCAGCACUUACUAUUACUAUUUUAUAUUUUUUAUUUUUUUAUGGUAUUUGUAAUUACUACUAAAUUGUAUCAGAAAAAGAGCAAUUGGGCAUUUUUCUUCCAAGUUUACAAGGGACUGCGAUGCGAGAGUUGAGGUGGCUUGGGUUGGUAUGACUGUGUGUUUGCAUGUGUGUGUAUGCUUGUACACCCUGCUGGUGAUUGUGCAUAGUUGGAGAAAUGUUGAGAUGGGAGUUGUGGGAAAUAUAACCCAGAGAGAAGAGAAGUUAAUCAGGGAUGGCCUCCUGGAGAAGACGUGAUAUCCAAAGGGCUUUGAAUAUGGGGAGACCAGGGGUCUGCUGGUUGUGAAGGAGGAGGUAACUUUACAGGCAGGAUGAAGGGAGGGCAUGAGCAAGAGGUUGGCAGUGGGAGAGAUGAGAACAAGGGACAAUGAUUAGUUUGAGAUGAUCAAAGAGCAUGAGCUGGGGUGUCAUAGAAGAAGAGAGUUGAUAAAUAGGAGAAAGAGAGCUGAGUGCCUUAAAGCCAAUAGUCAGGAUUUUCUGCCUGGUAAGGAGAAGAAUGGGUUACCAUUAAGGAUAGUGAGGAGUGGAGAGAUGUGUGCAGAAUGACAUUUUAGGAAAAUGACCCAAGUA